AUGGGUGAAAAAGGUUACCACUUCUGUAGUGUAGCAGUUCAAAAUAGAGGAAGUGGUCCAAAUGAAGUCCUCAAAUGUGAGGACAAAAUAAGGACCACUUGUGGAUCAAACAGACUGUAUUUGAGCAAAUGCGAGGUGGACUACAUGGCCCAAAAAGCACAUAUAAUUGGGGGUGGGCCCAAACUCAAUUCAACUCUGGACAGGUAG